UCCAUCAACAGAGUCGGUCCGGAACUCUUACCGAGACUUGCCACCGGAACAUUAUCGGUUCACUUGAUACGGAUACCGGGACUUCCCUACAGUCAUGGUUCGGGUUUCUUCGCCCGCGUUUGUUUUGCUUCUGUUUGUGGCUGCUAUCGUGGUGAUUGCUAAUACUGCAGAAAAUCUGGUAAGAAAAAGAAGAGAAUGGAUCAUCCCUCCAACACCACUGACGGAAAAUGUAGACUACACUCAAAAGGAAUCCAUUGCCAGGAUUCGCUCAGAUUUUGAAUCUCAGUCAGACAUUACGUACUCUCUAGAAGGUGCUGGUGCAAAUAAGGAGCCCUACCAUGUGUUUGUAGUCAACUCUAAAACUGGAUUCAUCCGUGUGACCAAAGUGCUCGACAGGGAGGAGAUUGAUACAUACAAUUUGUCAGGUAUUGCGAAGUACACAGAUGGCAGACUUGCAGAGAAAGACAUUUUCAUACGAAUCAAGGUUGUAGAUGAGAAUGACAACCCUCCAGUGUUUGGAGUCAUCAAGGCCGCAGAGGUGAAAGAGCUCAGUGCCACAGGGACUUCAGUUAUGAAAAUAACUGCAACUGAUGCUGAUGAACCAGGGACGGUGAACUCUCAGAUUGCCUAUUCCAUCAUAGAUCAGAGUCCACCCCAUGACAUGUUCUCCAUUUCCAAUGAAGGGACAGUGUAUGUUAAAAAUUCUGCCCUGGACCGAGAGAGAGCAGAUAAGUACACUCUGACGGUUAAAGGUCAAGACUUAAAUGGCAAACCAGGGGGACACAGUGCAACCACCACUGUUACCAUUAAAGUCCUGGAUGUGAAUGACAACCCUCCCACUCUGGAACACGAGCAGUAUGAGGGCAGCAUUGAGGAGAACACAGAUGGUGUGGAGGUGAUGAGGAUCAAAGCAGAGGACCUGGACCUGAAAGACACAGAAAACUGGGAAGCUGUGUUUGAAAUUGUAAAAGGCAACGAGGCUGGGUACUUCAGCAUUACAACAGACCCCAAGACCAACGAGGGCAUCCUAAUGCUUGACAAUGCUGUGGAUUAUGAGGAUGUGAAAGACCUUGAACUGGGACUUGCUGUGAGGAACAAAGCUCCACUAUAUGAUGGAUCUGGGCCAUACGCUGGAGCUGGUAUAAGUUUCGGAGGGGGAGCAGGCGGGGGAGGAGGAGCAGGCGGGGGAGGAGGUGCAGCAGGUUCAGGUGGUGCAACUGGUGCUGGUGGUGGUGCAAUUGGCGCAACUGGUGCUGGUGCAGGAAGUGGGACAGGAGGAUCAUGGUGGCAAAGUGGGACCUCAGUUAAAACCUAUCCAAUCAAAAUCAAUGUGAAGAACCAGCCUGAGGGGCCAAAAUUUGACCCCAAAGUCAAGGCUAUUCCCAUCUCAGAGGGAGGCAACUCCGUCAGUAUUAAUGAUGUUAUUAGCAUCUACCCGGCAAUUGAUGAAGACACUGGGAAACCAGCUGAGAAUGUCAGGUAUGCCAAGGGCUCAGACCCUGACAACUGGCUCACCAUCGACCAAGAGACAGCUCAGAUCAAACUGAACAAGAUACCUGACAGAGAAUCUCCAUUCCUGGUCAAUGGGACAUAUAUUGCUAAAGUACUCUGCAUUACAAAUGAUAUGCCUGCCAAAACAGCCACUGGCACAGUAGCCAUCCAGGUGGAAGAUUUUAAUGACCAGUGCCCCACCUUGACCAGUACCUUCCAGACUAUGUGUACCACAAAAGAUUCUGUUUUUGUGAGCGCUAAAGAUGAGGAUGAAUUUCCUAACGGACCUCCUUUUAACUUUGUCAUCAUCCCUGAGGGCACUCAGGGCAAGUGGCAGGUGGAGCAUCACAAUGACACUGCAGCUAUCCUGAGGAGCCAAGAGACCAUGUGGCCUGGGGUCUAUGAGGUGACUUUCGAGGUGAAGGACCAGCAGGGAGAGGCCUGUCCAGAACCACAGAAAGUGUCAGUCCAAGUUUGUACCUGUGAGGAUGGGUUGGUGUGUGGCGCUAAUGGUCAGCCCGUCAAAGGAUCCAAGUUAGGACCUGCAGGCAUCGGACUGCUAUUCCUGGGCCUGUUGCUGUUACUACUCCUCCUUCUGUUGCUGCUCUUCUGCCAGUGUGGGGGAGCUGGAGCUCUGCCAGGGGGCUUUACUGAGAUGCCUUUCGACACCAAAUCACAUCUCAUUAACUACCGCACUGAAGGCCAGGGAGAGAACACAGAUGUGCCGCUAUUGAACAUGCCAACACAGGUGGAUGGAAAUAUGGUCGCCAUGGGUAUGGGUAUUUUAGCAAUGGCGCCCGGGGCAGGUAUUGAUUGCCAGAAAUCUGUCACUUCAAUGGACGGGAUGAAUGGGGCCAUGUAUGAAGACAGUUAUGCAGGUGGCUACAGAGAGGACAGAUGGGGGAUGAUGAACCAGGUGACAGGAAAUGGCCUCUACUCUGAGUUUGAGGGCAGAGAAGCGAGAGUGGGUGGAGCAAUGUAUGAUGGCAUGGCUUUGCCAGACCACUUCUUGCGACAAUACUACACUCAGAAGGUGAGCAGUGGAAACGAGAACAUUGCAGUGAAGGAUGGUCUGCUGGUUUAUGACUACGAGGGCCGGGGCUCCCCUGCUGGCUCAGUGGGCUGCUGCAGCCUCCUGGAGUCUGACAAUGACUUGCAGUUCCUCGAUGACCUCGGGCCAAAGUUCAAGACCCUGGCCGAGGUGUGCGGAGGCAAGAUCACAACUGAAGUCAAACCACCUGUCUCUCCUCUGCCCAGUGCCUCCAUCAAUACUCAGACCUCAGUAUCAAGUGUGAUGACUGCCCAGCAGCUGCCCCCUCUACCCAAGCUGCAGCCAACCGUCCCUCAGACUGUGGUCAGGGAGACAUCUGAGCGUUCUCAGAUAGUGAAGGAGAGCACAGCCACAAUGAAGGAAGGAAUGACCACAGUGAAGGAAGGAAGGACCACAGUGAAGGGCGGGGUGGCAAAUCCAGGCCAGAUGCUUGUGCUACAGCCGCAGCAGCAGCCCGUCUACUACACCACCACCCCUGUGCUGCAGCCGAUGCAGUAUGUAGUCCAACCACAGGUUCAGAACACAGUACUGCUCACUGAGGCACCAGCCACCAACCUGCAGGGCUUGGUACUGGUUAACGGCACCCAGACUGCACCUGCUCAAGGCAUGGUUGUUCAGGGGCAGACAGUGAUGUCUAGUGGACAAGCCCAGGGCCCCAACAUGGUGCUGGUGGAAAGGAGUGGAGUCCAGGGGGGUGGUACCAACCUGAUCCGCACUGGCAACCUCUCUGGCUCCCAGACCAUGAUGGUGGUGGGGGGUAAGGUCCCUGUAGGGUCAGUGAAAGCACUAAAUGGGAGCCAGACCCGCCUCGUGCAGGGGGGCACUCUGCAGUCAGGAGGGCUCUCAGGAUCUCAGAGGGUCCUGGUGGUCGGAGGGCAAACAAGCAACGGUGGGCAGCUGGUCCAGCAGGCAGGAGGCCUGUCCCAGAGGAGUGGCCUCUCUAGCGCUCAAAAAGUCCUCUACAGCACGGGCAGCACAUCCACCGGCUCUCAGAGCAACAUAGUGGGUUCCUCUGCCACCACAGUGAGCACAAGCCCUACCUACCAGAAGGUGGUGGUGCAGGAGACAAGAGAGAUCAUCAAAUGAGAGACUGUCAGGGCAAGAGAGGACCUUUCCAGUGAUACCAAUAAAACUGUUCCUCUGGACUGGUCCAGGUGGUGAUGGGAUGCUUGUGGGACUCAACAAAUGCAAGACAGCUAACAGAAAGUGGGCAGGAUCCCCAUAUUAUCUUCUUUACAUUUGACAACACAUUUUAAAAAAGAGUUUGUCAAUCCCAAAUAAGCAGACUCCAGACAGAGGUCUGGGGCGACCCAAAGCAGAGGCAGCUUUACAGCACAUGGUCAAUACUCCAAACAGGGUAACAAAUAAAUAAAAUGUAAAUGAUAAAGUGGAAUAAUAAUGAUAGCAAGCUGAUCAGGUGGAAAUAUCCUAGCAGACAUCUCCAAUGACUUUAUACUGUUAUGGACUUGGUUUUUUUUUUUACUUGUUCUCUUUCUAUGCUUCUUCAUGCAGUGACACAGAAUGUACACACAGAAUCAUGUUCACUAUACAGUUAGUAAAUCCUCAUGUUAUGUUUUAUGUUGUCUCUUGUUCAAUCGUCUGUUAUCACAUAUAUAUUUUCUGUUGUUUUGUACCAAUUAAAAAAACAAACAAAAAAACCCUAUUGGUCAAAUAUGGAAUGUCUUAGCCAAAGAAGCUGAAAAUGAGCAUAUGCUGUGUUUUGACAUAUUCUUAAUAAAACCCAAAUAAAACCAA